UGAAAGACUAGAUCUUCAAUGAAUCGAAUAUCUAUUCACUUCUCAUUUUAAAGCCCCAUAGCAGAGCUUCAAUAAACUGAACUGCGAGAUGACUGCCAAGAAUGUGCAAUAUUUUGCCUUUUUUACCUCCUGCUUGAUGUUUGUGCCAGUUUGCUGGGGGGCCAAUGGGAUCUAUGCCCAGAAACUGCUCAAUGAUUUAUUUAGAAACUACACAAGUGCACUGAGGCCAGUGGAGGACACAGAAGAUAUCCUGAACGUCACACUACAGAUCACCCUCUCCCAAAUCAUUGACAUGGACGAGCGAAACCAGAUUCUGUCGGCGUAUUUAUGGAUACGGCAAGUGUGGAUUGACAAGUAUCUCACCUGGGAUAAGGAUAACUAUGACGGGCUUGAUACCAUCCGUAUACCUGGUAGUUAUGUAUGGAGACCCGAUAUAGUCCUAUAUAACAGCGCUGAUGAUCACUUCACCAGCACUAUGAACACCAACGUUGUUAUCCGUCAUGAUGGCCAGAUCAUGUGGGAUGCUCCAGCCAUCACCAAAAGCUCCUGUAAAGUUGACGUCUCGUUCUUCCCCUUUGACGCCCAGCAGUGUCGUCUGACCUACGGGUCAUGGACCUACAACGGCAACCAGCUUGACAUUCUGAACGCCAUGGAGAGCGCAGAUCUCGCAGACUUGGUGGACAACGUGGAAUGGGAGGUGCUGGGAAUGCCGGCCAAGAGAAAUGUCAUUCUGUACGGCUGUUGUGCAGACCCUUAUCCGGACGUGACGUACACUCUGAAACUGAAGAGAAGGGCCUCAUUUUAUGUGUUCAACUUGCUCAUUCCCUGUGUGAUGAUCUCUUUCUUGGCUCCGCUGGGUUUCUAUCUACCUGCAGACUCUGGAGAGAAGGUGUCACUGGGGGUCACUGUGAUGUUAGCACUCACCGUGUUUCAGCUGUUGGUAGCUGAGAUCAUGCCUCCCUCAGAGAAUGUACCUCUUAUAGGAAAGUAUUACAUAGCCACGAUGACCAUGAUCACUGCAUCCACUGCCCUCACCAUCUUUAUUAUGAACAUACAUCACUGUGGCCCCGAGGCCAAACCCGUCCCAAACUGGGCCAAGAAAUUCAUCCUGCAGUAUCUGGCCAGGAUUUGCUUCGUCUACGAAGUCGGCGAGAACUGCAUGACCUCACAGCCAGAGAGACCAGACCCUCAACCACCAAAACCGCCAGACUCCAACUGCAACAUGAACGGCCAAGCUGGGAAAGAUGACUUUGUGUUCAAAUUUGAGAGAAGUCAGGAGGCCACGUCUCCAAAGCUCCCAGGUGACACCGAAGACACGUCUCAGCUCAUGAGUCCAGCGUGCUCAUUGGGAAAACACCCCACCUGUCACUAUGGCGUGUGGAAGGAGGGAGUGUUCAUGAGCAUGGAUUGCACUGAGGCGGGAAAAGCCACAGGAAGAGGAGAGGAUGGAUACAGAGAUCAUGAUGGUGGGCUCAAAGCGCAGUGCAAGUGUGAGCAGCAGCAUCUCAUGAGGAAUAUUGAAUAUGUCGCAAACUGUUACCGCGAUCAGAGAGCUACAGCGAAAAGAACCGGAGAGUGGAAAAAGGUUGCAAAGGUUCUGGACCGAUUCUUCAUGUGGCUGUUUUUCAUUAUGGUUUUUCAUUAUGGCCAUGAGGAUGAGGACGCUUAA